ACCGCCACGAACGCGCGCUCAUCUACAAAGAAGACCACCCGCAACACCAACACCAACCGGGUGUCGGCUGGUGCGGCCUCAGCUAAGGCUGCUACUAUACCAGAUGCGGCAUCUACCACUUCGCCAUUGCGCUCGCGUGAUGAACGUGAGGCCGCCCGCUACCCCAAACUGAAGAGCUACUCAAACCGACUUGGCGGCGUGAAUUUGGCUACACCGUGACCCCGAAGCGCGCCGCCGAAGGGGAAGGGGAUCUUCUCGAAGCCAGCUACGCUAAGGCAAAACGCAUCCGCGCCAUGAAGGCAACUACUGCGUUGAAGCAAAAGCUCGAAACGAUGGAGCAAGCUUCUAGCAGCAGAAGAAGUGAGCAGCGCACGGAGGCCCGCCUCCGUGCAGACAAGCUGGUGGCUAUCAAGCGUCGCCGCCAAGAGAAGGAAGAUGCGCGCGAACGCACGCAGGAGAUGAUGCUUUUCAUCGGAACGUUGCUGAAGAAGCAAUAAGGGUACCGUGGACACGCUGCUACCGCGGCACGAACAGCCGGGAAUCAUGAUGUUGGCCAGAGCUCUAACGAAGACCAGAUAAGAACAAGACAACAAGGGGCCCUGCAUUUCUGUAGCGUUGCAUUUCCCAGACAUCCCUAGUUAACUCUCAAGACAGCAUCGAUUCAUGUAUUU